CAGGAUUGGAGGGCGCACUGUCAUCGCCUAACGUGAUACUGCUGCUUGGGGCCAGAGUCUAGGUUUAGUCCCGAAACCAUGCUAGUAUUACGAGCGAAUUAAGUACAAACCAACCCUGGGGAGUUUUCAAAACGCUUCUUAGCACAUUUUCAAUUAGAUUCGUGAGCUUUGGAGGACCGGCGAGCCGGGCGAAGCUAAUCCGGCUAACGUUAGCUAAGCUGUAAAAACAAUAAAUCAACAACAACAACAACAAAAAACACAAUAAUGGCCACUGUGGCGAUUCCUGCCGGCACUACUGCUCUUUUGCUGGACAUCGAGGGCACAACCACUCCAAUCACCUUUGUAAAGGAUAUUCUUUUUCCAUACAUACGGGAGCAUCUUGAAGACUACCUGUCAGCUCACUGGGAGGAAGAUGAGUGCAAACAAGAUGUCCAUCUUCUGAAAAAACAGAUCGAAGAGGACAUGAGGCAGAACCGCGCGUGUCCCGUCCACGCUGUGGACCAGACGGUGCACACGGACGAGGAGAAGGCCAUCCGGGAGGUAGUCGACGACGUGCUGUGGCAGAUGGCCGCCGACCGGAAGUCCACGGCGCUCAAGCGGCUCCAGGGUCACAUGUGGCGAGUGGCGUACGCCUCUGGCACAAUCAAAGGCGAGAUCUACCAGGACGUGACGCCAUCCAUCCGAAGGUGGCGAGGGCACGGUCUCAAGGUCUUCAUCUACUCGUCGGGCAGCGUGGAGGCCCAAAAACUCCUCUUCACACACUCCGUUGAGGGUGACGUUUUAGACUUAUUUGACGGCCACUUCGAUACGGCCGUCGGUGCCAAAGUGGACGCCAAAAGCUACGAAAGGAUUGCCGAGAGGAUCGGUUGUGCGCCAGAGGAAAUUACCUUCCUGACGGACGUCACGCGAGAGGCCAAAGCGGCGGGGGACGCCGGGGUCAACGCGGUGGUGGUGAUACGGCCGGGGAACGCCGAAGUGACAGAAGAGGAAGCGGCGCACUACCGUGUCAUCACGUCCUUCGGCCAGCUGGAAGUGACGGGCAGAGCUUAACAUCCGUGAAGAGAAGGCUCCAGAAAAACCUCAAAUGUUUGUUUGUUUUUUUUACAUCCUAAAGGCCUCAACGUCAAUGUUGUGUGUGUGUAAUUUGUCCACAAUGAAGUCUUAUUUACAGUAAA